UUAUAAAAUGAGUUAACGAGAUCUGAGUAAUUUGAUAACAAUAAAUCCAAACGAUCCUUAACAAUAUCAAGACUUAUUGGCUUAUUAUAGAUCCAAAUUAGGGGAAUUUGAGAAAGAAAGAUUUGAAUGGUUAACUAAAUUAGAGGAAAUAAAAAUUUAGUAUGAAGACAAACAUUAAUAAGAAUGGGAGUUAUUAAAAAGAAAAUAAGAGAUUAAAGAAUUAUAAUAAACAGUUGGAGAAGCAAAGGUAAAAAUAAAAUUAAAGAAUUAGUUAAUGCUUUUUGAAGAAAGAUAAGCAAGAUUAAAAUUGUAAAAAGAAAAUGAUGCUUUAAAAGUUAGAGAAUUGGAAGAUAAAAAAAAGAUUGCUGAAUUAAUGGCUAUGAUUGAACCAAUUGAGGAACAAGUGGUUUUAUAAAAAGAUUUAAGACCAGAAGUAACUACAAAAUAUACAGGUGAUACUUUGGCAGUAAGAGAAAAACAAGGAAAGUAUAAAAUAUUAUUUAAAUAUAUAGUGUUAAGAUGCACAAUAUUAAUUAAGGUAGAAGUAUAUUAAAAACAGUUUAUAUGCCAAAUGAAUAGUUAAAUGCUUAUUAAUUAGAAAAUGAAAAUCUCAAAAAAUUAAUUGAAAAUGCUGAAACUAUAUUAACUUAAUAAUUUGCAGCUUUGAGAGAAGAAUUAAGAGCUAAAGAAGUUGAAACUAAGUUAAGAAUUAAAGAAGAUUAAUAAAAAUUAGAUUAAUUGGUUUAAAAAGUAUAAAAAUUAGAAAAAUAAAAUGUUGAACUUGUUAAAGGUAUAAAUUUAAAUAACAAUAAAUAGAAUGUUAUUCAUAAAAGUAGAAAUUUUAGAAUAAAGAGAAACAAAUGUAAGAAGAUUUGGAAGUAUCAAAGUUAAAAAAUAAAAAAUUGAAAAUGGAAUUGGAUUAAAUUUAAAAAAAAUACAAUAUAGAAAAUAAAACAGCUUUAGAAUUACUUGAGAAAAAAUCUGAUGAAUACAAUAAGAAAUUUAGAAGUUAAAUUAGAUCAAAAGAUGAGCAAUUAUCUAUAAUAAAAGAAUAAUAUGAACAAGUUUAGAAUAUUUAUAUAAGUAAAAUAUAAUAAUUGGAAGAGAAUCUAUCUAAAUUAAUUGAGAAGUAAUGAAAAUGAUUAUAAUUAGAUAUUAAUAAUUAGAAAAGAGAAGAUCUUUAGAAAUAGAAGGAUUUAAGAAUGACAUAAAAAUAUUGACAAAGAAAGUAAAAGAUUGUGAGAAAUCACAAGGUGAAAAAUAAAAUGAAAAUAAAUCUCCUGAAGAUUUAGUUAAAUAUUAAGAAGAAGCAUAAUAGCUUAAAUAAUAAUUAGCUAAAGAGACUGGUGUAAUCUAUUCUUCUGGAAAGAAAAAUAAUGCAAACAAUUAAUAAUAAACUAUAAAAGUAAAGGGGAGUUAAUCAAGAGGUGCAUCAAAAACAAUGAAAUAAAGUAAUAAAUAAAAUAAGAAAGGAAUGAAUAAUUAAGGUAUGAUUUAAUAGAUUGAUUUUAUAGAUUAAACAGAGUAAAAGGAUGAUGAUAACGCAUCUGAAUCUGUACCAAUGCAUGAAUUAGAAGAUAUUCAACGAUAAUUAGAAGAACUUCAAUAUCAAAUGGACAAGGCAAAGAAAUAAUGA